UCAGGGGAAGGGAGGGGAGGUGGUGCUGUAAUCGCCCCCCGCGUCGUGGACACGUCGUUUCCCCUCCCGAGCGACCCGCAGGCAGCACCCCACUGAUUCCUCUCUGGCUGGCUGUCGUGGAGGCAGUGCGCAUGUGGAGCCUGCGAGCAAACACUCCACACCCGUUGGCAAGCAUCGGCGAAGGAGAAGAUGAAAUGUUUUUCCCGUUACCUUCCGUACAUCUUCCGGCCGCCGAGCACCAUUCUGUCGUCCACUUGCCACACCGAAGCUGACAUUAUCUCAACAGUGGAGUUUAACUCAUCGGGGGAGCUGUUGGCCACCGGGGACAAAGGAGGCAGAGUGGUUGUCUUCCAGAGAGAGCAGGAGAGUAAAAGUCAGCCCCAGCGUCGAGGGGAGUACAACGUUUACAGCACGUUCCAGAGCCACGAGCCCGAGUUUGACUACCUGAAGAGUUUGGAGAUAGAGGAGAAGAUCAACAAGAUCAAAUGGCUUCCGCAGCAGAACGCCGCCUACUUCCUGCUCUCAACUAAUGAUAAAACGGUGAAGCUGUGGAAAAUCAGUGAACGAGACAAACGGCCAGAGGGCUACAACCUAAAGGAUGACGACGGGCGCAUCAGAGACCCGUCCACCAUCACAUCACUACGAGUGCCGGUGCUGCAACCGAUGGAUCUGAUGGUUGAAGCCACAGCCAGGCGAGUGUUCAGCAACGCCCACACCUACCACAUCAACUCCAUCUCUGUGAACUCUGACCUCCAGACGUUCAUCUCCACCGAUGACCUCCGAGUGAACCUGUGGAAUCUGGAGAUCACUGACCGCAGCUUCAACAUUGUGGACAUAAAACCAGCUAAUAUGGAGGAGCUGACUGAAGUGAUCACCUCAGCAGAGUUUCAUCCCCAACACUGUCACACUUUUGCAUACAGCAGCAGCAAAGGCUCAAUAAGACUUUGCGACAUGAGGCAAGCUGCACUCUGUGACAAGCACUGCAAAUACUUUGAGGAGCCGGAGGAUCCCGCCACACGUUCCUUUUUCUCCGAAAUCAUCUCGUCCAUCUCAGACGUGAAGUUCAGCCACAACGGCCGCUACUUGAUGACGAGGGACUACCUCACUGUUAAGGUGUGGGACCUGCAAAUGGAAAACAAGCCGCUUGAGACGUACCAGGUUCAUGACUACUUACGAGGCAAACUUUGCUCCCUUUAUGAGAACGACUGCAUCUUUGACAAGUUUGAGUGUGUCUGGAAUGGAUCAGACAGCGUCAUAAUGACCGGCUCGUAUAACAACUUCUUCCGAAUGUUUGACCGUAACACUAAACGGGAUGUCACGCUGGAAGCCUCCAGAGAGAACAGCAAACCGAGAGCCAUUCUCAAGCCUCGCAAGGUGUGCGUGGGCGGCAAACGCCGAAAGGAUGAGAUUAGCGUGGACAGCUUAGACUUCAGCAAGAAGAUCCUUCACACGACGUGGCACCCGCACGAGAACAUCAUUGCCGUAGCAGCCACCAACAACCUUUACAUCUUCCAGGACAAAGUCAACUAAAACGUGCAGACACGUUGGGUGUGUUUAUCGAAACAGGAGUCCUGAUGUACACAUCCAGCACCUCCCUGGAGCUUGUCGCUGCUAACCUGAUUUGCGCUGAGAACGUGCAGCAUCCUUCUGGAAGUGGACGUACAGAUCAGAAAUCUUAACAGGGGUUUCCGAUCAUUUUACUUUAUUUAGCCAUGCGCGCUUGGACAAAAGGGAAUCCUGCGCAACACGAUUACAGCUGCAUGAGCAGCAAGAUGUAGCAAGACCCUGGAGACAAAAGGUGGGGGAGCAUGUGUGAUGGUGACUCAUUAUAAUGUAGCAAGAGCGCCCCUUCUCUAUCAAUCUGCUGUAGUGCAAGUGAGGCAUCAUUUGGGACUGCACAACCUGCUGCUUCAAUUGAAAGGGCAGGAGGAGAGACUGUUUUCUGCCCAUGCGUGACACGUAGUCACUCUUUCUACUGUAGUCUGUGAUGUGAAUGAGGCGCUUUGUAAUGGUUUUAUUUAAUACCAGUCGAUGGGUGUGUUUAGCUGCUGUGGUGCCUUCUUUUGGUAUGUGGGUGUUCAAUGUAGAGGGCGAGGAUCGGGUGGGGGCGGGGGAUUUGAGGCAGGAGUGUAAAUGUUGUGACCUAAAGGUUUGGUUGUCUUUCCCAUCUGAACAAAAAUUAAUUUAAAGCAAAGCAAUGUUUAAGGCAAUGAGAAUGAUGAUGACAUCAGUGGCUUUAACACUAUGCUGCGUACAAUGUAAAUACACAAACAAAAUUGCCGGCAAUGUGGGAUCCGUUUACAAGUGACAUGGGGAAAGCCACCUCAUAUCCCUGCUUAAAAUUAAAGCACCGUUUUGGAAAAAUGGACAAAGAAAGACAAAUUUGGAGUUUUCCCUCCAAGUAGACAUAAUAUGCAUUUUUUUCAUAAAGCAGUUCCCUGCUGACCAAAUAACAUCGACUUUAGUCAAAAUACUGCAAGUCAAGACUUAUAGCACACAUUUUACCCCCUAUUUUCUGUCUUGCUGAAAUCAGGCUGUUUUUAAGUCAAUUUACCUUAUUAUUGUAUGUCCCCGUUACACCAAUUUACAAUUGAAAAAGUGUUGCAUGCGAUACGCGAAAUCUGAGGACAUUUUAAUAAUUGAACUUCGACAGACCGUCUCUGAAGCACUCUCUGAGAUCAUAGUUGCUUUCUCAAGUCAUGUUUUUAAUCUCGGAUUGCUUGAAUCUUGAAUUUUGUCCAUGCUUGUUGGUGGAGUGUGGUCUCACGUUGCAGGUUGGAUUUUAGCACCUGCUGGAGGUUUUGUGUUAAGAGCCAGCGUCCAAUGAGGUGAGCACUAAAUCAAAAGGUCUAAGCAAAACUCUGUGAAAUCAGGGAAUUCAUAAUGUACAUAUGCUUCCUUUCAACAAAACGACCUUGAUUUGUGAAACUUUUAUAGCUCAGAAUGUAAUACGAAUGACCAUGCAGUCUUUAUGCUUACUGGACUUUUCUUUGAUAAAAAACAAAAAAACAAAACCGUAAUAAACAUGUGCAAGUUCAAA